AUGUGGGACCGCAAAUUCUUUGGCCUCGCAGGCCUCAGCCUCCUGGCCUCCCAGGCCGCCGCCCAGGUCCUCAGCACUUCGAGCCGCUGGAUCGUCGACUCGAGCGGAGCGCGCGUGAAGCUCCGCUGCGCCAACUGGGCGGGCCACAUGGAGACCAAGAUCCCAGAGGGCCUGCAGAGCCAAUCGGCCGCCUACAUCGCCAAGUGGAUCGGGGACAACGGCUUCAACUGCGUGCGCCUCACCUACUCGAUUGACAUGGCCAUGAACCCGUCCGAGGCCGUGUCCGAUGCCUUUACUGCGGCAGGCGAGUCUGCGGGCAUUGCCGCCGCCGACAUGACGGCCCUCUACGAUUCCGUCGUCAGCAAGAACUCGUGGAUCUCCUCGGCCACGACGCAGUCGACGUUUGCCCGUGUCAUCGACGAGCUGGCCGCCAACAACGUCAUGGUCGUCCUGGACAACCACGUCUCGCAUGCAUCGUGGUGCUGCGGCGGCUCCGACGGCAACGGCUGGUGGGAUGCUGCCACCGGGUACAACGAUGCCAGCUCGAGAUAUUUCAACACCACCGCAUGGCUGGCCGGCCUGGCCGCCAUGGCCGAGUUCUCGUCGGCGCACCCCAACGUCGUCGGCAUGGCGCUCCGCAACGAGCUCCGCGCCGGCUCAGGCCAGGACGCCGACGGCGCGCACGCCGACUGGUACAAGUUCGUCGGGCAGGGCCUGAACUCGAUCCACAGCGCCAACGCGGACCUGCUCAUGGUCGUCGGUGGGCCCUCGUACGCGACCGACAUGUCGUUCCUGUACAACAACCCGCUCGACCGCUCGGCCUACCCGGACAAGGUGGUGUGGGAGUUCCACAACUACCAGUGGUCGUGGUCGUACAGCGACUGCGCCGACCACCAGGCCAAGCUGGGCCAGAAGACGGGCUUCCUGCUGUCCGAGGGCAAGGACUACACCGGCCCGCUCUGGCUCUCCGAGUUCGGCUGGAACCUCGACACCCCCUCCGCCGUCGAGAUCGACUACUACACCUGCCUCGUCGACUACAUGACCGGCAACGACGCCGACUGGGCCUUCUGGGCCCUGCAGGGCAGCUACUACAUCCGCGACGGUCAGACCAACUUCGAGGAGACCUUCGGCAUAGUGAACAAGGAUUGGAGCGAUUGGAGGAACACCAGCUUCCCGACCAUCUUGGGCAAGAUGUUCGAUGUCACCCAGGGCCCUUGA